CUAGUUUUGUGAUUCUUAAUUUUUUUGGAUGAAAUCAUUUUACGAUUGUCACUCGGCUCAAGAGCUCCUCUCUCUCAUCUCUUGGCUGAAAUUCAAUGUGAGGAAAUAAAUAGAUCAUGAAAUCAAUGUAUCUGGUAGAUCUUAAGCUACAAUAUGAUUUCUGCGAGUUUGAGGAAAUCGAUUGGUUGAUUGACUCUCUCUCAAGGUAUUUCUUGGCCCUACAAGCUGUAUUGUUCGAUGUGAGAAAAUCGAAGACGAAAUCAAUGUAUUUGGUAUAUCUAUGACAGAGAUCUUAAGCUUCAAUAUAGUAUAUCUAUCAAUUUCAUUUUCCCAACACACACACACACACAUAUAUAUGUCAUGAAAUCGAUGGGUUGAUUCUUCAUCUUCUUCAAAUUUUUUGCCGAUUUCUACAAGUUUGAGGAAAUCAAUUGGUUCAUUCACUCUCUAUCAAGGUAUUGAAUUUAUGUUAAAGCAUAGUGGAAAAAGAAUGACUUUAGUUGUUCUUUCCAAGGGAAAUGUGUCUUCAUUAACACUUACAAAUCACAAUAUUAAGUAUAGAAGAAAGGUAUGGCAACCAAAAGGAGCGUUACACGUUUCAGCAUCAAGUGCCAAGAAAAUCCUGAUAAUGGGAGGGACUCGGUUUAUUGGUGUGUUUUUGUCAAGACUUCUUGUAAAAGAAGGCCACCAGGUGACUCUGUUCACAAGAGGAAAAGCUCCUAUCACCCAACAACUGCCUGGUGAAUCAGAGAAGGAUUAUGUUGAUUUUUCUUCCAAGGUCGGCAAUAUGAUUCAAGCAGAAUCUGAUCCUCAAAAGAGGGAUGAAUAUUUGAAGAGGCUGAUGGAGCUUCCAAAUCAGAAAUGGGUUGAAAUUAUAGGACAGGCACGCCAUAGUGUGGAUUUCUUGAAAGAUGAAGAUGUAAUCAGGACUGUCCUUAAUAUAUUGCAGGAACUCAUAGAUGUCGAAGGUGAUGGAAUGGCUGACAUGGUAUUUCGUUGUAUUUAGGAAAUGGACAUUAAUAAUCGAAUGAUGCUCUACCAGCACAUAGUUUUAAGUGGAUGGAGUAUUAUGUAUCCUGGAUUGCCUAGUCGCCCUUGCAAACCCACAUGAAGAAUAUCGAAAAAGAGGUGUGGCGAUACCUGUGUCAAUUAUGGGAUGAUAAGACGUAUUAGGAUUUUCAUCCUUUCUCUAUGACUAUAGACGGUAAUAAGCUUUUGUGGUCAUGGAACAACUAAUUGUUUAGGGCAUGUUGCUCUUGUAACUGAACUAGUGAAGAGGUGGUGCGAGAGAAAGACAAAGUUGAAGUUGUCAGUGUUCUAACUCAUAUAAUGUUGAACUAAUUUGAUCUUGUUUUGGUAUUUUACUCA